ACUACACUAUUUUUUAAAGACUGAUAUUGGCAAGAUGUUUACUGUUCGACAGAAAUAAUUUCUCGAGAUUUUAGUUGAAGUUGAAUCUUGAUUGGAUAGUAUUUAACAGGAGUUAAAUCUUGUUGAUAAAAUAAAGGAGGGAAAAAUGUUUUGGGCAGCGCUUUUGGACUUUUUCUGCAUUCCUUUUAUUGUAUUUAUUUCGUUUAUGAUCAUUUUGUCUGCUGUGAAUAAAUCGGUCGGUGUACGCAGAGCAUACGUAAAACUUUUGUUAAAGAUAUUUGAGUUCGGCCGCCUAAGCAUUGAGUCUGCAGCAAAAGAGCGUCAAAAACUAGUUGGUGACACGAUUUUUAAUAACUCACAGGAGAGAAAACUUGAUGAGAUUAACUUAUCAUUUUGCAAAAAAACAGGAAGAACCAUACCCACUACAAAUGGCAAUACACUGAUUAGUAGAGACAGCGUCCUUCUUCCUACAUCGAAUGAGCCCGCGGCAUCUGAUAUUGAAAGCCCUCCAAAAGAUGAAGAAAUGCGAUUUAACUUGGAGAAAUGCCUAGAUUACAUCAAAGCAGGAGUUGAAUCAAUAAUCGAAGAUGAAGUAACCUCCCGUUUUGAAGCCGAGGAAUUAAAAAGCUGGAAUCUGUUAACACGUACAAAUCGCCACUAUGAGUUUAUAUCGUGGAAGAUAACAUUAAUAUGGAUGACAGGUUUCGCUGUUCGUUACUUCAUUUUGAUGCCUCUUCGAGUUUUUGUUUGCUUUGUGGGUGUGUAUGUUGCAGUUGUUGCUAACAGUCUAGUUGCGAUGAUCCCCUUCGAAUUUCUCCGACAUCCUUGUGCAGAUUUAUCUUUUAAAAUUACUUUCCGCAUAAUGACUAGAUCUUUAUCAGCAGUAAUUACAUUCCACAAUACAGAAUACAAACCAAAAGGUUCUGGUUUUUGUGUAGCGAACCACACAUCUCCCUUGGACGUCGCUAUCCUUUCAACUGAUUGUACUUUCUCUUUGGUAGUUUGGUUGACUGUUUGUACGGCGAUAGUUGGAUAUAUUAAAGAUGGUGAAUAUAAACGACGAAUGGUAGAUCAAGUGCUUGGUCAUUGCUUUUCGGUACUGUCCAGCGCAAUUUCAGCCGUUAUUUACUAUCAUAAUGUGGAAAACCGACCCACAAAUGGGAUUUGUGUGGCAAAUCAUACCAGCCCAAUUGAUGUGUUAGUACUUAUGUGUGAUAAAACCUAUUCUCUGAUUGGCCAACGACACGGUGGGUUUUUGGGUUUGCUGCAACGAGCAUUAGCAAGGGCAUCACCUCAUAUUUGGUUUGAAAGGGGAGAAGCCAGGGAUCGUCAUGCAGUGGCUGAGCGUCUUAAACAACAUGUAUCAAACCCAAAUAAUCCUCCUAUUUUGAUAUUCCCAGAGGGCACUUGUAUUAAUAACACAUCAGUUAUGCAGUUCAAGAAGGGAAGUUUCGAAGUGGGGGGAGUUAUUUAUCCCGUAGCAAUUAAAUACGAUCCACGUUUUGGAGAUGCCUUUUGGAAUAGCUCAAAGUACUCGAUGAUGCAAUAUUUAUAUAUGAUGAUGACAUCUUGGGCAAUCGUUUGUGAUGUUUGGUACUUGCCACCUAUGUACAGACAAGAAGGCGAGUCGGCUAUAGAUUUUGCAAAUCGUGUCAAAAGUGUUAUAGCUAAACAAGGCGGACUAGUAGAUUUAGUUUGGGAUGGGCAAUUAAAAAGAAUGAAACCAAAGAAGGAAUGGAGGGAAUUGCAGCAAGUAGAAUUUGCCAAACGUUUGAAAGGUGAUUAACGAUUUCAAACGUUUUGUUUAUUUAUCCCACUUAUAAUAUAAUGUUAAUUUGCAUAAAAAUACAUUCGCUGGUAUUAGAUAUAUACGCUUUCAUUUUUAA